CAAAUCCAUUGUAAAAGUCAUUAAUCGAACCUGACACCUGUAAACUCAGCCUAAACAAAUUAUUGAACAUUUGAUGCAAAAUGAAACGAAAACGAGAAAUGGAUUCUGAUGAGGAGAGACCUGACGAUGACAUCGACUCGGGAAAUGAGAGCUCAGGGGACGAAGAUUUUCCAAUGUUAGAUGUUGAGGCUAACAACCCCAAGGAAAGACAAAUUGAUGUUGACGAAUACCCUUAUGAGGUCUUGUCCACUGAAGAAAUCGUGCAACAUAUGGUUGAUUCCAUUCGUGAAGUUAACACCGUCGUAGAGAUUCCUGCAACAACCACAAGAAUUCUGUUAAACCAUUUUAAGUGGGACCGAGAGAAACUGUAUGAAAGGUUUUACGAUGGAGAUCAAGACCAAAUGUUUGCUGAGGCUCGAGUCGUCAACCCUUUUAAAGCCUCCGUCAUCACUCGCCCAAAAGGACCAGUGGGGAAAAGACCUAAACAAGAAGAAGUCACUUACAGACCAAGAGGCAAGAAAAAAAUAUUUGAUGAACUCAAAUCAGUGCCAACUCGCAAGCAGUCAUCUUCAGGAACAGAGGAAUGUGAGAUUUGUUUUGCCGUCUUACCAACCAAUCUGAUGACUGGCCUAGAGUGCGGCCACCGGUUCUGUACGCAGUGCUGGGCCGAGUAUCUCACUACUAAGAUCAUGGAGGAAGGUGUCGGGCAGACCAUUGCGUGUGCGGCUCACGGCUGUGACAUACUGGUGGACGACGCAACAGUCAUGCGACUGGUGCGCGACUCACGAGUCAAACUCAAAUACCAACACCUCAUCACCAACAGCUUUGUCGAGUGCAACCGGCUGCUGAGGUGGUGUCCGAGUCCCGACUGCAACAACGCAAUCAAGGUGCAACACGUGGAGUCUCGGCCAGUGACAUGCAAGUGCCAGCACACGUUCUGCUUCCAAUGCGGAGAAAACUGGCACGACCCUGUGCGCUGUAACCUGCUCAAGCGCUGGAUCAAGAAGUGUGACGACGACUCGGAGACCUCCAACUGGAUUGCGGCCAACACCAAGGAAUGUCCCAAGUGCAAUGUUACGAUUGAGAAGGACGGUGGAUGUAACCACAUGGUGUGCAAGAACCAGAACUGCAAGACAGACUUCUGUUGGGUUUGUUUGGGACCGUGGGAACCCCAUGGGUCCUCUUGGUACAAUUGCAACAGAUAUGACGAAGAGGAGGCAAGAGCAGCAAGAGACGCUCAGGAGAAAAGUAGAGCCUCACUCCAGCGGUAUCUCUUCUAUUGCAACCGUUAUAUGAACCACAUGCAGUCACUCAAGUUUGAGCACAAACUCUACGCGUCCGUCAAAGAGAAAAUGGAGGAGAUGCAACAACACAACAUGUCUUGGAUCGAGGUUCAGUUCCUGAGGAAAGCCGUUGACAUCCUGUGUCAGUGCAGGCAGACGCUCAUGUACACUUAUGUGUUUGCCUUCUACCUCCGCAAGAACAACCAGUCAGUUCUCUUUGAGGAUAACCAAAGGGAUUUGGAGAGCGCGACCGAAACCCUGUCAGAAUACCUUGAGCGAGACAUAACAUCUGAGAACUUGGCAGACAUUAAACAGAAAGUGCAAGACAAGUACAGAUACUGUGAGAGCCGACGAAAGGCACUCCUAGAACACGUUCACGAAGGAUACGAGAAAGAGUGGUGGGACUACAACGAGUAAUGUCCAGAUUAACAUGUACAGAACAUCUACUCAUUGUAAUUAUUUUGAGUUCUUAGAUUAAACUUGUGAUGCCAAGAUUUUCUAAAUUUAACAUGGACUUUUAAAUUUUUCAUCGAUUUAAGUUGUACACCACAUUUCAAAAUUAAAUUGUCAACUCGUUCAUGGUAUUUUAUGUCAUUGGCUGUGUGUGGCCAUUUUGUCCUGAUUUGUUUUUAAUGUUAAGAUAGGACAGAUUCUUUAGUGUCUAAACUGUCUGUUUUUUAUUCAGAGAGAAACUGCUAGUUUCAUUUUGUAUUUCUUGAUGAUACUUGAAGAAAAUAAGGUAAUAGGAAAUUUUUAACACAAAUAGUUGUAUAGUCUCGGUUUACCACAAUUUGUGUUUGUUUUGCAGAAUAGUUUUUAUGCAAAAAAAGUGAAAGUUCACAAUGAUUACUGAUGUGCAUUUAAACAAUGUGUUUUUCUUUUUUAAGAACCGACACUUUAGUUGUAUAAAUUCAAGGAUGGUUAGAGAAGAUAGCUAACUAUAUCACACUAAACUUAAAAAACUAGGCUACAAUUUUACUUAGGGUUCUUUUAGUCUAAACUUUUUCAGCAGUGUUUAAUGUGGUGGAAAAACCGUACCAAACACAUCAAUAUUGAUAAACAAGAUUACAUUACAUUUACCCAUUGACACAAGAAUUGUUUCAUGACUUCUCAAUCAAGCUACACUCGCAACACAGCGUCAAUGGGUAAAUCCAAACGAACAUUGGUUAAAGUUUGGACUAAAUUAAAGGUAACACCUCUUGUAGGUUAAAGCCUUAAUAAUCAAUUCUACUCUUUAAAAUGUAAGUUUAGGUGUGGUAAAAUGUACAAGGUAAUGUAAAAGAAGAAUUUUCAAAUUUGAUGUACCUAUUAGGAAAAAAAAUUAUAACAAUUCUAUUAUGUGGCUAUUUUGUCUUAAGUUAUAUUAGGCCAACAAAAAAUAUUGCUAAAAUAUGUUGAAUCUACAACAGUACAAACACUACCUACUAAACAGCAUGCCACGUUACUAAAUGGUGUAGUUAGCAGGGUGAACUUGUAGGCUAACUUUAGAUGUGAUGUAUGAAAUGUUCAUAAACUCCUGACAAAAAAUUGUCCAGAUUUGAAUAAAUUUUUUUAGGUUAGUGAAGGUUUGCUGCCCUGCUUAAUCUUGAGCAAACCAUGGUAACUUUCUCAUCACAUAAAGUUUAUCUGAUAAAAAAAUUGGGCAUCUGCCAGGAAUUAUUAGGGAAAUUGACAGCAAAGCAGGCUUACCUUUAAAUAAGUCCAUAGAGACACAUAAAAUAUACUACUACUGGUAUGUUCUAACCUAUUAUCCUUUCCUACCGCAUACCUGUUAAUUUAGCAGCACACUGUCUAUUGUUCACUUGUAAUAUUUAUUUUGUUAAAAUAUUUACUAUUUAAGAGUGUGUAGACAACCUUAACUUUAUUCUAAGAUACUUACUAUUGUUAUACUUUGGUAACUUAAAUAAAAUAUUUUAUUUGUGUUCCACAAAUUACACAGCUUGUAUUGAACAUGGUAAUUACCAGAGGUAUUCCUUAAAUUUCAAAUUUAUUUUCCUCAUUCAAUUUUUCAAUCAUUCUAUUAAGUUUGGGGGUGUAUUCUGAAACCUACGUAUUUAAUAUGUUGAUAUUGAACACAAGCGAUGGUUUGUUUUUAGCUAUAAAACAUAACGUUGUUAGUUAAUGUUUCCUGUGUUUGUGAUUGUACAUGACUGGCUGAGCGGCUUAACAUUAUUUUGCACAAAUGUUAUGAAUCUUGGCAUCAAGAAGUUUGUUUGCAGCUCUCAUUCCCGGUCUGCGCUUGUUGUUGAGUUUGCGGAUUGAAAUGCCUUAGCCUCGUGUACAUAUAUAUUAUAAUAAUCGUAGCAAAUGUAUCGUUCAUACGUCGUCUGCAUCUCCCAGCCUAGACAAGGCUAGUCAUGUUUUUGUUGUAUAUUUUUAUUUUCUCUUCUCAUCUAUGUUGUAUUUUACGCAUAGUUUUCAUUUCAACUAUAUAUUUUUGCUAGAGAUAUGAAUUCACAAGCUAUUGUAAAACUAAGUAUUAACUACUAUAGUAGUCAAAUUAUGUAUUAUAAUUGUACAGAUAUUACAUUAUCAUAGAAAUAACGUUUUCUAUCUCAUGUUUCCUUGAUUCAAGGGGUUAUUGUGUUAAUAGUUAAUACAACAGGUCAACGUCAGAUAACAACAUUUUAUCCUAGCAAAUUUCUAUCCACAAAAAUGCUAUACUUUUGUUUACAAUAAAUUAUUCUUUCAUAUAA